CAGAGACUUUCAAGAGAAGCAGAAGCAACUGCAAGAACAGUAACUCAUCGAAAUGGCAGACACAGCCGUCGCAGCUCCCGCCGACAAGAAGGCACCACCCAAGUUCAAGCAGAGGACUGCACGUACCUUCAAAAGCAAGGCCCCUAAGCCAGGCCAGAAGGGAUUCGGAGACGACAUCCCCGGCAUGGAGGGCCUUGGCACAGACAUCACAGUGGUUUGCCCAUGGGAAGCCUUUGGUGACAUGGAGCUCAGCGACCUGGCGAAAUACGGAAUUGUCUAGACAAACCCCAGCAGGUCUUCUCCCUGUACUGAUUUUCCUUGCCCGGUCUUCCUUUUUCGUCCUGUUCUCCCUCACCUCCCACAAUAUCUGACCUGAUGUCCUUUGUUGUGUGCAUAUGAGUUUUGGGAAAAUGUUGCGCCAAAGCUAAUUUAAAAUUGGCAAAUGUCAUUUAAAAAGUUAUAUAUUUUAAUUAUUUAUAUAUGCUUCACUGAGGUGUCUCUGCUUGAAGCAAAACAACCCCAGCUACCUCCCCCAUCCUUGGCACUUGGCCGGACUAAACCUGUGAACAGGUUUGAUCACUGUUCCUAAAAUGGCUGACCUCUGAUUCUCUCUCCUACUCUGCCUUUUCCAAUCCAUGAACCACCCUGUCUUUGGAGCUAUUCUAUUAUUUUAAUGCACUGCUGCUGAUGAGACAUAAAUAUAUUUUUAUUUUUAUGAAAUUAAUGUAAAAUUGUGUGCACAAUUGAUAUGGGACUGUUGAGCAGUUGAGUAGAAGUAUCAAUAAAUAUAU